CCGCCUCGUCUCAGACAGUCCAACUGGUCCUCGUCAGAUCGUCGCUUGUUCUUCAAGCACAAACUCGCUGGCAUUGGUGUCGCCAACCUUCUUUAUACCUUGGUGAUGAAUCCUCGCAAGAGGAAGGCGCCCGAUUCACUCCUGCCAACCCACAGGCCUCCGAAACACCCCAGAACGCACUUGCGGGCUGCCUGGUGCAUCCUCGCCAUGGACGCCUACGAGCUUAUAUGCGAUACAGCAGCCAAAGCGAUAGACACUGUGAUCCAAUUUAUACCUGGUACGUCUCUCCCACUCCGCCCCCGAGGCCACUUAGCGAUGGACUCCCCCUCAGGUUCUGGCAAUCAUGCACAGGAGACUCUAUAUCCGACACCUCUUCAACCUCCACAUGCAGCUUCCUCACCGUCUCAACUUCCUCUUCCACCAUCACCACCACCAGAAUCGCAUGAGCCCCCAGCCCAUAAUGACCUGUCCGUCCCGUCAAAUUCAACGUCCUUCGUAUCGUCAGAUACCGAUGGUGCACCUUGUUCCACCUCCACCAGUGCCACCUCCAUCAAGUCUGUACCGGUCCCAACGGCUCAGAGCAAUUCGCUGGAUGUCGGGCUUGCGAAUUCAUUGCACCAAUGUCAAAUGAACCAUUCCGUUCAGACCAUGUUGGCACGCCUCCCAACUAAGCCUCAUAUUUAUCAGCGCCAGCAUGAAACGCGGGUACGAGAAACACGGAAACAAGAUAGACAAAAGAUGCUGGAGGAGUUACACGAAAUCAAACGCAAACAAGGAUUUACCUCGAAUAUCGAAUCGUUGGAGUCCCUGCUUGGAUACGAAGAAAAGCUCAGAAGGCGCGGAAUUACGCCAUCUCAAUCAUGGUCAGACCUGCGCGAGAAGAAGCGGUUACCCGUUCGCCCCCGCAGGCGCUCACAUGGAGAAGAACGCGUGGACGGACACGAGCUAGUUAGCCUUGAAGUUUUAAAGCGCGCCCUUGAAAAAGCGAAGUCGACUCUCGCUGCCCCACCCCCGCCACCCCUACUUUCUCGUCACGAACGCCUGCGCGAAGCGGCUCGUAGGAAGGAUGAAGCUAUUAACAGACUCCUUCGGCCCCCUCUUCCUAAGGCGUUGCCCCCGGAAAUAGAGACCGAGGUGAACGUAAUUUUGCGCAAGAGAGGUAUCAUCUCCAAGAUCGCACGGGAGCAAGUCAGCGACAAAGACAUCUCGCGUCUGCAGCCGUGCCAGUGGCUUAACGAUGAGAUUAUCAAUUUCUACGGCGCCAUGAUCUUGUCACGUUCCGAAUUAUUUAGACACAAGCCACCACUGAAUGGUACCAAGAAGAGUAAGAUUUUGGAUGUACACUACUUCAGUAGUUUCUUCUGGACCAAAUUGCUGAGCGAGGGCUAUGAACGCGCUAGACUUGCAAAAUGGACGAAAAAGUUCGAUAUCUUCGCAAAGGACAUUAUCCUUAUCCCUAUUAACCACGAUAACAUGCACUGGACGGGAGCUGCCAUCAACUUCCGUGAAAAGCGAAUAGAAUCGUACGACAGUAUGAAUGUGCCUCGGAAGCUGGUGUUCCACAAACUGCGCCAGUAUCUUGACUUGGAACACAGAAAUAAGAAAGGGAAACCAUUUGACUUCACGGAUUGGAUAGAUUAUGAUCCUGAGGACACGCCACAACAGGAAAAUGGUUACGACUGUGGUGUCUUCACGUGCCAAUUCUUGGAAUCGUUGUCUCGAGGAGAGGAGUGUUUUAAUUUUUCUCAGCGUGACAUGACUUGCCUCCGACGGCGAAUGAUAUGGGAAAUAGCACACGCAGAAUUCCUGGACUGGCGAUAGCAUUCGGCCGCCGCCGUUGAGAUGUGUCUUAUUAUUUGUAACGUGCACCAUAUAUCAACCUCAUUAUCGACAAGUUGGAAAUAGUUUAAAUUGCCUUCGGUACGAGUAUAAUGAUACUGGAUGGGAGAGGGGGAGAGUCUUGAUCGUUUGGUUGUCAUCCAGCAUGCGCAUGAUAUUGAAGACACUCACUGUAGGGCUGGGUUAAGUCCAUUUUUGUUCACAGCAAAAUAAUGGUGGAAGAGUAAACAUCAUCUUCGAAACCACCAUACAAUGAUAAAGAACCAAAAGACGAGUAUAAGGAAGACGAUGUACCACAGCCAACGACAUCCUUGUCGUUCUGCCAUGUUGUUCAUUCUGCGGAAUGUCCCUGCAAGGAUGCCACCUGUCUCCGUGAACGCAUCGUUC